UGGAGGAAGAGAGAAAGUGAGAAGCAAAAGAGACAAGGGAGGAAACAACUGGAAGGUGGAUGGGGGACAGAGAGAUUGAGGGGGAGACAGAGACCUUGAGGAGGGAGAAGAGGGGGGAAGGAACCAGAGAGACUCUCAGGCAGAGACCCUGAACCUGAGAGAAAAAGGUCUGGGCUGAACAAAGAUUGGGAAGAGACUAGAAGAGGCCGACAGGGGAGAGAGAACUAGAAGGUGAGACUGGGGGAAGAGAUGACCUCGAAGAAAAGUUGAGCGCGAGAAGAAAAGAGAGAAAGAGUGAGAACAGCAAGAUAGUAGAGGAAAGAGGGUAAAAGGGCAAGGGAGAGACCAGGUGAGGAGAUCCAGCGCUUGAGAGCCAAGGAGGGGGACACUGCCGGGGUGCUCCUCACCCACACCGCCCUCUCCUGGUUCCUGGGACCCCAGAUUGGCCUUCUCGGACCGCUGAGCCCCUGACCCUGUCUCCGUCCGUCUGCAGCGCGACUGGCUGCAGAGACUUAGCUCCUCUCUGUGUCCCCAGGGCUGGAUGGAGGAGGGCCGACCGCGGAGCAGCCUCAGCCUGGCCAGCAGCGCCUCCACCGUCUCGUCGCUCAGCACCCUGAGCGCCAAGAAGCCUACCCGGGCAAUAAACAGGGUCCAUGCCUUUGGGAAGAGGAGCAAUGCGCUCAGAAGGGACCCCAACCUGCCGGUGCACAUCCGAGGCUGGCUUCAUAAGCAGGACAGCUCUGGGCUCCGGCUCUGGAAGCGCCGCUGGUUCGUCCUCUCUGGCCACUGCCUCUUCUAUUACAAGGACAGCCGCGAGGAGAGCGUGCUGGGCAGCGUCCUGCUCCCCAGCUACAGUGUCCGGCCUGAUGGGCCUGGAGCCCCCAGAGGGCGGCGUUUCACCUUCACCGCGGAGCACCCGGGCAUGAGGACCUACGUCCUGGCGGCUGACACCGUGGAGGACCUGCGCGGCUGGCUGCGUGCCUUGGGCCGAGCCUCUCGCGCGGAGGGAGAUGAUUGGUGCGUAGAGGUCCCGGCCAUGCCCCAGACUUCUUUUGUGAGCGGAAUCUUCCAAACUUCUCCCUGGUAUGAGCCGGGUCCACCGCUGGAUUCAACCUUCCACCAAAGCUUGGAAACAGAUAGCCUGCUGACCAGGCUGUGUGGACAGGAUCAGCUCCUGAGGAGGCUGCAGGGGGACAUAGACCAGAAGCAGGAAGAGAAGGAGCAGCUGGAGGCUGCCCUGGAGCUGACUCGGCAGCAGCUGGGCCAAGCCACCAGGGAAGCUGCGGCUCCUGGCAGGGCCUGGGGUCGCCAGCGCCUCCUGCAGGACCGCCUGGUCAGCGUGCGGGCUGCCCUGUGUCACCUGACUCAGGAGCGAGAGCGGGUUUGGGACACAUACCGAGGCCUGGAGCAGGAGCUUGGCACCUUACGAGAGACCCUGGAGUACCUGCUGCACCUCGGGUCGCCCCAGGACAGGGCUGCGGCUCAGCAGCAGCUGUGGAUGGUGGAGGACACGCUGGCGGGGCUGGGGGCCCCCCAGAAAGCACCCCCCCACACUGAGCCUGACCUCCCUUCCCCUGCACCCCGAGGAGAGGAGUCCUCUGAGAGGGAGAGCCUGCCUGAGACCCUGGAACUGGGCUCCCCUCGGUCCCCUGAGGUUGACUGGGGCCGGCCUCCUGGAGGUGACAGAGACCUUGGCAGCCCACGCUCAGGCCUGGCAUCGCCCAGGGUGUCCCGGGCUUCCAGCCCUGAGGGCCACCGCACCUCCUCCCCACCGCUGGGGACCAAGGUCCCGGCAGCCCGACCCCGGAUGAGCGCCCAGGAGCAGCUGGAGCGCAUGCGCAGGAACCAGGACAGCGGACGGCCCCUCCUGCGCCCCGCCUCCCCCCGACUUCUCACCCUGGGGAGGACGCUGUCUCCGGCCAGACGCCAGCCUGACACGGAGCAAAGGGCUGUGCUAGGAGCUGCAAAAUGGCUCAGAAGCUCAGGGUCCUGGAGCAGUCCCAGGAACACUAGCCAUUACUUGACCACAUCUGACGGCCACAGGGAGCAGGUCCUCAGCCUGUCCCAAGCCCUGGCCACUGAGGCGUCGCAGUGGCAUAGACUGAUGACAGCCUCUCCAGGUGGGAAUCUGGACUGUCGCGAAGGCCCCGGCCCUCCGGUCGCUCCGUCGGACCCCACGCCCGAAGUUACCUCGCCUCCGAGAUCCCCCGCAGCGACCAAUUCCGGUUCCUCCGGAUUCUCCCCCCGCGGAAGUGGGCGAGGCGGAGGCCCCGCCCCCUGGGCGCCCACGUGGGACUCGGGGGACGCCCCUCCCGGCCGGGACGAGGGGGCGUGGCCUCUGAGGGUCACUCUGCUGCAGUCCAGCUUCUGACCUGCGCCGGCCGGGGCCCCGAUCGGUGCGUGGGGGCGAGGCCUGGAGGUACCGCCCGGGUGUCUGUGGCCACGCCGGGCACUGGGGGUGUGGUCUGGGGUCCGCUUGUGGCCUGGGAGGUGCCUAGUUUGUAUCUGUUAAAUUUGGUUUUUCCUGCUGUCCAAUUUUGGAUUAAAACUUUGAA